CGAAGGCACCUCUGCAGGGGGAGCCUGGAGAUUGUCUUUCCUGUCGGAGACUCCAAACCAAACAAAUAGAAAAAAAAGAAAAACUAUCCAAGAUGACUGUCACUUACUCCAGUAAAGUAGCAAAUGCGACUUUUUUUGGAUUUCAUAGGUUACUCCUCAAGUGGAGAGGCAGCAUCUACAAACUACUAUACAGGGAAUUUAUUGUUUUUGCUGUACUUUACACAGCAAUAAGUUUUAUGUACAGAUUGUUACUUACAGGAGCCCAAAAACGUUACUUUGAAAAAUUAUCAAUUUACUGUGACAGAUAUGCUGAACAAAUUCCAGUAACCUUUGUGCUUGGGUUUUAUGUUACUCUGGUGGUGAACCGAUGGUGGAACCAGUUUGUGAAUCUGCCCUGGCCAGACAGGCUGAUGUUUCUCAUCUCCAGCAGUGUUCAUGGAAGUGACGAGCACGGGCGCCUGCUCCGGAGGACACUGAUGCGCUACGUCAACCUCACGUCCCUGCUCAUCUUCCGCUCGGUGAGCACGGCUGUGUACAAAAGGUUUCCGACGAUGGACCAUGUGGUUGAAGCAGGUUUUAUGACAGCAGAUGAAAGAAAAUUAUUUGAACACCUCAAAUCUCCUCAUCUGAAAUACUGGGUUCCAUUCAUCUGGUUUGGAAAUCUUGCAGCUAAAGCCCGGAAGGAAGGUAGAAUCAGAGACAGUGUUGAUCUGCAAUCAUUGAUGACUGAAAUGAACCGAUUUCGCUCCUGGUGCAGCCUCUUAUUUGGUUAUGACUGGGUUGGGAUUCCGCUGGUUUACACCCAGGUUGUCACGCUAGCUGUCUACACCUUCUUCUUUGCGUGCCUGAUUGGACGCCAGUUUUUGGAUCCCACCAAAGGCUACUCAGGGCAUGACUUAGAUCUUUACAUUCCGAUCUUUACUCUCCUACAAUUCUUCUUCUAUGCAGGAUGGCUCAAGGUAGCUGAGCAACUCAUCAACCCUUUUGGAGAAGAUGAUGAUGAUUUUGAAACUAACUGGUGCAUUGACAGAAAUCUGCAGGUCUCCCUUUUAGCCGUCGAUGAAAUGCACAUGAGCUUACCCAAAAUGAAGAAGGACAUUUACUGGGAUGAUUCUGCUGCUCGACCACCGUAUACACUGGCAGCUGCUGACUACUGCAUACCCUCAUUUCUGGGGUCAACCGUUGAAAUGGGGCUGUCGGGGUCCGACCUGCCUGGCGAGGACUGGCUGUGGGAUUAUGAGAAGCAUGGCCAUCGCCGCUCCAUGAUUGGAAGAGUCAAGAGGUUCCUGAGCACCCACGAACGCGCCUCCAGCCCCAGGAGGAGAAGCUACGGGAGACAGGCCAGUGACAGCUCCACGUUCUUCCCCCCGGGCGACCUCAGCCCAGCCAGGGACCUGCUGCACGUGCCCUCGAGAAGUCCCCACCGUGCCUCAGCCACCUGGAAGCACCCCUGCGCCCCAGAGGGGAGCCCCAAGCUGCACGCCAGCCUGGGAGAGCUGCCCACCAUCCGACAGGCCAGCCUGGCUCCACCGUCCAGUGUGAGGGGCUACCCCACCAAAACGCCGCGGCUCCCCGAGGUAGCAGCCGAAGCGGCGGUGCCCAGGGCAGAGGACGACCACCACGACUCCACUGCCUCUAUCCAGAGCUCUGACUUCACUGGGGUUCAGCUGAGCAGGGCUGGGCAGCAGGAGGACCCUGUGGGGUCAGUCCCGUUCCCCUCAGAGAAAGGGGCACCUUCUAGGGACCCCAGUUCCCAGACUGUUCCAGCCAAAGCUGAGAGAAACCUCCUCCAGUUUGCCUCCGAGGAGGACCCUCAUGAGAAUGACAAAUCCCCAGAAAGGUGGGGCCUCCCGAGGUUCGUGGAGCCCAGCCGCACCUCCCUGGUAGGCCUAAGUCCGGAUCCCGUGAGCCCUGAGCCGGUUCCUCUACUUGACACAGAAACGUCCUCAGAGACCAGCGGAAUCAACAUUGCGGCUGGUUCUCGAGUCUCUCCUGAUGCGCUGUAUUUAAUGGAAAACCUGGACACCAAGGAAACGGAUAUCAUAGAGUUCAACCACGAGCAAACGGAGGAGUCACCCAAAGGAAGGCCAGAAAGUUCUAGGACCUGGUUCUAGCCUAGAUUCUUACUUUCCCAAAAGUUCAAGUAUUAGUUCCAGAACAUACCUGGGGGCUGGUCAAUUUUUUUUUUUUAAUGAUCAUACUGUAUAAGCUACUUAAGACUUUGAAGGGCAUUAUGAUCCUGACUUUUUCAGAACUGAGAAAAUCAAACACAUUCACGCCACCCACUACAAAGUGACUUUCAUGGAAGUUAUGCAGACCACAGUGACGUAUCUUAACCAAAUAAGGAAUCUUAAAUAUAUAAAUAUAUAUGCCUUAUAAAUGCAUAGAUUGUUAGCUUUGCAAAGGGCUUUAUAGAUCAUGGUCCAAUCCCCUAGUUUUGCCAAUAGAGAAACAAGGGAUUCUCUCUUCCCUUUUUUUUUUUUUUUCCCCUUUCUUCUUUUCUUCAGUUAUAAAGACAGGCAGAUGGAUCAUAUGAUGCCUCAAAAGCCCCUUCCUAAUGCUGAUUCCUUGUCUGAGGCUUUCUAACCAUCUCCCUACACUUUCUAGAACUCUUAUCGUUUCCUAAUUCUUAAGCCUCAUCAGCAUCAGAAAGCUCCAUCUCCCUUCAAUUUCCUUUUCGUCUUCGGGACUUCAUUUUUCUCUCUUCCCCCUUUAGUCCCUCAUCCUACUGUUCUCCUCAUCUCCCUAGUCUUGUUCCUUCUCCAGUGAUUCUCAGCCGUCCCACCUUUCAGGCUGUAACAUUUUCUCCUGCCAACUCUGUUGCUUACUUCUUGCCACAGUUUUAAAAGCACUAGGCAUUGGCAAAGCCUCCUACAGAGCGAUCAAAGUGUCGGGAAAUCCAGCCUGGCUCCUCCCAGCCUCGCGGGAAGGGGCAUGGGAGCUGCUGUGUCCCCCAUGACCUCUCAGCCGUGGCCGUCUCUCUCUGCGUCCACUCUUAGGUCUUGAACACCGGAGAAGCCACGAGGGCAUGAGACCUGCAUCACCAAAUGCUAUGGAACCAAAUAACAAGGUUUCAAACGGUUUCACUCAGGCUCUUAAAGCAAAAAUCCCCAUCGUGUCUUGACAUGGGACCAGUUACUGUGUCUGCCAGCUUGUUUGGGAUGAAGUAGGGUAUUGGAGCUGGGAGGUUAAGGGGGUCCAGGACUGUAUGAUGGGGAUGGGACAUUGACUCACUUCCUCCAAGUAGUUCUUGGGUGGCUGUUUGUUGGGAGCUCCCAACUUUAACUGGAAGGCCAUGCUAAUGAGUGCCGCUCUCACUAUUUCUGUCAUAUGAUGAAGCCUGACUACAAGCUCAAAAACAAAAUAGCCCUAAUUGCUGCCACUUAUUGAGUGUUCACAAUAGCGUGUAAAAACAGAUAAUCCCACUAAUCCUCACAGGAAUCCUAUGAAUUGAUAUACUAUUAUCUCUAUUUUACUUUAUUAUUUUUUAAAGGAGUCUUUCAUUACUCAAUGUUAGUUGUUAUUCUUUUAUCCAAAUAAUAUACCUUAGCAGACCAAUGCUUUCUUUAUUAUUAUUAUUAUUUUUUUUGGCUGCGUGGCAUGUGGGA